AUGCGCAACAUGAGCAUCAACGAGCAUUCCCUGCAAGCUCUGUCCUGGAGGAAGCUCUACCUCAGCCGGGCCAAACUCAAAGCUUCCAGCCGGACUUCGGCUCUGCUCUCCGGAUUCGCUAUGGUGGCCAUGGUGGAAGUGCAGCUGGACAACAGCUACCCGUACCCUCCCGCUCUGCUGAUCGCCUUCAGCGCGUGCACCACCAUUCUGGUGGCCGUGCACCUUUUCGCCUUGAUGGUCAGCACCUGCAUCCUGCCCAACAUUGAGGCGGUCAGCAACGUUCACAACAUCAACUCGGUAAGCGAGUCGCCGCACGAGCGCAUGCACCGUCACAUCGAGCUAGCCUGGGCUUUCUCCACCGUCAUCGGGACGCUCCUCUUCCUGGCCGAGGUGGUGCUCCUCUGCUGGGUCAAGUUCCUGCCCAUCAAGCCCAGCAAGUCCAGCAACGGCACUGUGUCGGCGGGAGUGGCCGCCGCCAUUACCUCCACGUCCAUCAUGGUCCCUUUCGGUUUGAUUUUCAUCGUCUUCGCCGUGCAUUUCUACCGCUCGCUGGUCAGCCACAAGACGGACAGGCAGUUCCAGGAGCUGGAGGAGCUCUCCAACCUUACAAGGCUGCAGAAUCAGCUGGACAAUCGAGGAGAGUCCAUUUUACAUUCGCCCAGUGCUCAUUUCCCCUAA